CCAGCGCCACAAUUACCCCCCUAUCUUUUCAUUUCCCGCUAUGUAAAAACCCUAAAAACUAUUCAGAUCCCCAAUUCUUCAUCCUCCUCCGCUCAAACUUCCGGCACAUCUCCACGCCGACCUCGACGGUGUCGAGAUCCCCCCUCCUCCGCAUCUCCUUGACAGCCCCCUCCUCCUCCAUGGUUGGCCUCAGAUUUGUUCUGCUCCAUGAUUGGAUUCGGUUCCCUCUUCGUCAAAUCGACAGACUCUCUCUCUCUAGACGAAGGCAAUGACGAUGUUUUUUGAACUGAACACCGGCGCUAAGGACCCGGUGGUUGGUCUGGGGACGUGGCAAGCAGAUGCCGGAGGCAUCCGAGGUGUUGUGAUUGUCGUCGUCAAGUUUCACAUCAUGACAUUGUACAUAAGUAUCAGAAAGUUGCCACCAUCGUCAAUCCACGAGCUCCUCCCAGACUCCGUCAAAUCCUUCUCCGUCUCCUCCAACGGCCACUUCACUGUCAACCUCCAAUCCCCCUGCUACAUCCACUUCGAUUACCUUGUCCACUAUGCCGACGCCAUCACCGGCGUCAUCAAGUACGGAUCGACCGACGAGCUGAAGGGGAUCAAGGCAGAGGAGGAAUUCGAGCUGGUUGCGGGCCAUCGAUUCUCCGACGAAGGCAGAGGAGGGAUUCACGCCGUUCUCCCUUUCGAUCUGGGUUUUUGUUUAUUUACGUUUUUGAGAAAUAGGGGAUUGGGGUUCGGUUGGUAAUGGGCGAGCUCUGCGCUGAAACUUGGUUUUUGUUGAUCAAGGAGGAGGAAACAUGAUGCUUCAACAACUUGGAGGAGUAAAUGCAAUUGGAUUCUAUAAAUUAUUCAAAGUUCAUUAAGUUAUGUAAACAAUUGUAUUCUUUAUAAUCUAUGUAAAAAUUUUAUGUAUCUUUCUAGUUUUUUGGUGAAUGUAUUAUUUAAAUAUAAUUAUAUUUGAUAUUAAAAUAUAAUUAGAUUGAUUGUGUUGGAUAU